UAUGACAGUGAGCGCUUGUAGUGAGGCGGAACUAAAGAUUGCGUUAUGGUUUUUCCGAAGGGAGGAACUUCCGGUGCAACACCAGAACUCGCCGUGUGUUUACAUUUGAACUUUCUGCGGACCUGCAGAGAUGUCCACCCUCUUCCCGUCUCUGUUCCCGCGUGUGACAGAGUCUCUGUGGUUUAAUCUGGACCGUCCGUGUGUGGAUGAAGCCGAACUACACCAACAGGAGCAACAGCACCAGACCUGGUUGCAGAACAUCUCAGAGAAAGACAACAACCUGAUGCCCAUCGGGAGGCCCAUCUUUGAGACCUUCGACGAGGAAGAGGAGGAGGAUGAUGAAGACGAGGAGGACAGCGAGGAAGACUCAGAGGAUGAUGAAGACAUGCAGGACAUGGACGACAUGAACAUCUACAACGAGUUUCCUGAUGAUGGAGAAAUUAAUGAGGUGAAUGACGUGAGUGUCGCUCACUGAUAGGUCGACAUGGAAGGAGCCGAUCAAGACCAGGACCAGUGGAUGAUCUAGACCAGAUCCAUCAAUCAGACGAUAGACUGGAG